AUGACUUUAGGAAAACUGCUAAUCAUCAGUGAGUUUCUGUUAAUAGUGCCGGUAAUAUGCCAUCAUCAAAAACAGUCGAUGCUGGCCGGUGGAGAGGUGGCUGAUGCUUAUGAAUUUCCUUUUAUGGUGGUUUUAUCUCAUAAAUCCCUGUCGUGUUCAGGGGCGAUUAUAUCCCCAGAGUGGGUUUUAACAGCAGCUCACUGUUUCGCCAACAAUUACAUGUUUCGUUUGCAAGCCUGCGACGUGAAAAUAAUAGCCGGCUCGGUAAACCAUGCUCAACUAAACGAAAACACCCAAGUCAGGCAGGGACUCGAAGUUAUCAUUCAUCCCAGUUAUAAGGUAAAGCAAGUUGCUAACGACGAUUUAGCUCUUGUGAGGGUGAAACCAUUUAUCAUGACUCCUGCUGUUGGUGUUAUACAUUUGUCGGAUAAAGGACUUCCGGAAAACGACUACAUGCCGUGCACGGCUGUCGGAUGGGGAGAAAUCGACAAACCACCUGGUCGGAGGAAUACAUUGUUGCAUAAACUAGAAGUAUUAGCCGCGAUAUCAGCCAAAGCGUGCCCGGGUCUUACAGCUUGGGAAAGAACGAGAAUAAUUUGUUUGCAACAAAAUAAAGGCAAGGGACUUUGCGAUGGCGACUCUGGUGGUCCGCUCGUUUGUGAAGGUGAACUUUACGGAAUAGCUCAUCAAGUGUACAAAGAAAUAAAACAUGAAUCCGAACGGAAAGACUUAGAGCGCUGUGGAGCUACUGGUAUUACUCACACAUACAUGUUUGUAUGCCCAUACUUAGACUGGAUACAUUAUCAUGUCGAGAGUGUAUGUAGAAUGCCAUUGUCUUGCUAUCGAGAUAGGAUACCAGUAACGACUGGGUUGAGACAAGGGGAUGCUUUGUCACUUAUACUAUUUAAUAUAGCGUUAGAAAAGGUCAUCAGGGAGAGCCAUAUUGAAGAUAACGGAGUGCGUUUGGGUGGUUGCAUAAUAGGAGUAUUGGCCUACGCAGACGACAUAGUAUUACUGGAGGAAAGUAAGAAAAAUUUCAUUGAGCAAGCGGGAAAACUAUUAGAUACGGCCAAAAGAGUAGGUUUAGAAAUAAAUGCUAAAAAAACUGAGUAUAUGAUCGUGCAGAUAAGAGAGGUCGCGGAUCAUGUUAACCCACUUUUAGAAGUUGGCGAGAACGAUAUCGAAGAACUUCAAGAUACAGCUGUAUCGCACUCUCAUCCGACCAAGCCUAGACAUGAAAAUGUCAAAAUAUUAAGACGAAUCUUCAGACCGUGUAUAGAUGAAAACACGGGGGAAUGGAGAAUUCGAAAAAAAGAAGAGCUUAAACAGUUGUACCAAAUGCCUGAUAUAAUUAGAGAAACAAAAAAAAGGAGACUCCAAUGGGUAGGACAUGCAUGGAGAAAAGAAGGAACUUUAAUUCGCGGAUGGUUCAAUGUGGGACUCCGCAAGGAAAGAGACCUCUGGGGCGACCACGACUAA